GAGCAGGUGUAUACAGUAUGUGUCAGUCUACUCCUCCACAGGGAUGCAAAACCUCUCCACAGGGAAGUCGCCGCCUCACUGCCUCAGACACGGCACACAGUUUCCCACAGCCGCCACAUAGACCAUACACACACUCACACACACACACACACACACAGGCCAACAACUACCCAAAGGAGCAACAAACCAGAGCCAGCCAGAGAAGAAAGGAGUAAGGACCACCUGCCUGCCUCAACAUUCAGAGGAAUACACGCUGGGACGAGGAGAGGAGAGGAGAAUAAGAAAGACCUGGAGUAGAUGUUUAGUCUCUGAGUCUCACGCCAGAGGCCAGGACAACUACAGAGCUCAGGGCUGCUGAGCUUUUUCCUAGGACAAGACUGCUGAGAACGCUGUGAGUAAGAGAGGGGGCUAGAGAGGAGCUGAGGGACGAGAGGAGAAGCGAGAGAGAGAGAGAGAGAGAGAGAGAGAGAGAGAGAGAGAGACAGGAUGCCCAACGCGGCGCUGGAGGUGGCGGCCCUGUGCCUGACGCUCAUCGGCCUCAUCGGCUGCGCGGCCAGCACGGGCAUGCCGCAGUGGCGCGUGACGGCCUUCAUCGGCGAGAACAUCAUCGUCAUGGAGACGCGCUACGAGGGCCUGUGGAUGAACUGCUACCGGCAGGCGGACAUCCGCAUGCAGUGCAAGGUGUACGACUCGCUGCUGGCGCUGCCGCCCGACCUGCAGGCGGCCAGGGGCCUCAUGUGCUGCGCGGUGGCGCUGGGCGGCCUGGGCCUGCUGGUCAGCAUCGUGGGCAUGCAGUGCACGGGCUGCAUCCGCGACAACGACGGCGCCAAGCGCAUGGUGCUGAUCGUCGCCGGCUGCAUGGUGCUGGGCGCGUGCGUCUGCUGCAUCGUCCCCGUCUCCUGGACGGGCCACGUCAUCAUCCGCGACUUCUACAACCCGCUGCUGAUCGACGCGCAGCGCCGCGAGCUCGGCGAGGCGCUCUACAUCGGCUGGGUGUCCGCCGCCUUCCUGUUCGCCGGCGGCUGCGUCUUCGUGUGCUGCAGCAUCCCGCGCGACGACGAGUACGAGGAGCGGCAGAGGGCGUACCGCAAGGCCUCCGCCGCGUACACGCCCUACGUGUCCUACACGCCGCAGCCGCUGCUGCCCGCGCCCGAGCCCCGGCCGCAGACCAUGUACAGCUACCCGUCCCGCCAGCCGUCCCUGCAGUACUCCCAGCAGCCCUCCAGGCAGCCGUCUUUCCAGCAGUCCUUCCAGCAUUCCAUCCCGCAGUCCCUGCCGCCGUCCAUGCCGCCGUCCAUGCCCCCGUCCAGGCACCCGUCUAUGCAUCAGCCCUACAGACACCCGUCGAUCCACAGCAAAGUGGCCUAUCUGUAGACGUCACCAGCACCAGCCUACAGACCUCAGCAGAGCCUGGAACAUGGAACCAUAGCUGUCUCUGGACUGGGUCUGUUCUUUGUCAACACAUUUCAGCUUAAAUAAGGAAGUAAUGACUUUUCUCUGACCGUGGAAGAGAUUUUUUAUUCUUCAUGAUUUACUUUUACAUUUCACUGUAGACACAGUCCUAGAUGAUGAGAGAAGCAUUGAGGAUUGUGUCAUAACCUGAUUCUCUGCUUAGAAUAUCAGCAACUAUUGGUAGGUAUAAAAUUCCAAGACAAAAUCUAACAUGGUUUUUGGCAAGUUGACAAUCAAUUGCCUGUUAAUGCACACGUUUAACAUAAUUUCCUGAAUGACGAUCUCCAUUUUGUGUGCAAGUGUGCAAAAAGCCACUGAUAUUUGAUAUGGCAUUGAAUUUUGAAGAGUACAGUAUACUUUUCUGCAGUUUAAAUUCUUAACAUUCUUUAUAUUAAAACAUUUACAUUUGAAUUGACACAUGUUGUCAUUACAAAAAAUGUAUAACAUCUUGUUAGUAAUUCAAAUUGUAUUUGUUAGCAUAGCAGGCAGGGAGAAUGUGGUGACUUGGCAAGUCUUUGUUUUCCUCCUCUCUGUCUUCAGUGUUGUUUACAGGAGUGUCAUGGUGAUCUGUGUGCCCUGCGGCCUCAGUAUCUGUUGAGGGCAAGCCUGGAUUACUAGAGUACUAUUCUACAGCAAAGUGAAUGAAGGGGUGUUAAUGUCAAUGUAUAGCCUCGGUUGAUAUGUUUUAUAAUGUGGGACGUGGGUGUCAAUUGAUUCAUGUCUUUUAUGUCUUCAAAAGAGUUGUUGUCUACAGCAGGACUCAUUUAUCUAGUACUUCCUUGUAGAAACAGGACCUGAGGCAACAUCCUAGUCAAUGGUUACUUAACGAAGGACAGGCCAUAAUGGGAGAGAAAAACAUUGGUAUGAGUAGUCUGACCGUUUAGGUAAAAAGAAAGGCGCACUGACUGGCUAAAGGUCUAACAUAAUAACAGGUUGCGUAUGUAAGAAUAAACCCUGAGUUAGUGACAGUUGAGCGAUCAAACAGGCAAACUGGACACUCCCAUUUACACAGCUAUUUGUUUAAAGAUUACUAACAGUGGUAAUACUGGAAGACUGACUUGAAAAACAGUUUAACAUGAAGUUUGUAUAAAGAUUUUUUUGUAACUGGACCACAGAUUAAUAAUGAAUGUAUGUAUAACUGUAUGGAAAAUAAAGUUUCACCCAUGAUUUUA